AUGGGAAAUUUAGGAACAAACGCUACUUCAAAGAGAGUUCAACAAGAGGAGGUACCUGUACUGAAGUGCCAUAAUAAUCUUAAACGAGAAAGUCUAUAUCUAAAAAAAGUUAAAGAAAGUGAUAGAUAUGUAUAUUCUCUUAAUUUUGACUUUUCAUGAACUUUCGACUGCAUAAUCACCAUUCAGCUCUGAGCUAGUGAGUAUCGAAGUUCAAAGAAAGGCUCACCAACAGUUUAUUUCUACACUCCUCCUGAAAUUUCUAAUGGCAUUGCGAAGUAUAAAUUUUCUGCAAGAGCGAGACAUGAGUUUCCUUUCAAGGCCUUUAUUAUUGAUUUCUCUAAAUACGAUCUGAAGGAAAUGACAACAUUUAAGGAAGAUGAAUACUAUCCAAUUGUCAUUACUAUAGAAAGUUGCCCCAGGUUCACUCCUUCAAAGCAUGAGUAUGUAGCCCCUCAACAGUGACAGAUAACUUAUGGUUCCUUCAUUGUAAACAGUCAGGGUGACUACUGCCUAUUGCCUAAGAAGCAAUGUCUACAGUUCCAGAACAAGAUCUUUAAAAUAGAGGAUAUCUACGGUCUAUCUACUAAAGAUGAAGGAAGUUUUUCUGAUGAAGCUAUGAAAGAGUGCAUUAUAUGCUAUUCUAAUCCCAAGAAUACUGUAGUCUACCCCUGCAAGCACAUCUGCUUAUGCAAUGCAUGCGCACAAGUUGUGCGCAUGCAGAGCUCCAAGUGACCUAUCUGUCGACUCGAAGCUGAAAAAUUUAUCACUGUACAGAUUGAUAAGCCUGGAAACUCAGAUUCUGAAUGUAUGUAGGCACUGAAAUUUUUAAGAAGGAAAUUUUUAUUCUGAUCUUUUUUAUAACCAGUUUUU